AUGAUUGGAGGAAAAAACUCGGUGUGCGUAAACUGUGGACACAGAGUGCGAGAACUAUAUAAAAAAUAUAGCAACACUCUAAAAACUACGAAUUGCGAGAAAUGCCAUCAGGUCACAGACAAAUAUAUCGAGUUUGAGGAAUUUAUCAUCCUAAUAGAUGCGCUUCUUUUGGAUUCGUCUGCAUUCCGCCAUAUAAUAUAUAAUGGCGACUUUAAGUUAUAUUGGAAGGUUUCACUGGUGGUGUUGCUCUUGGAGUCGUUUGCACUAUGCCGGCAGAAGCUUAGCGAUCCCGCCAAUGAUGCCUUAAACGUCCACGAAAAAGGUUUCUACACAUACACACUGCAUCACAUAGGUGACUACUUGCUUAUAACCUUCUUUCUACUGCUAAUUACGGCAGCACUUGGCAUUGAUCAGAUAAAGAAAGUGGGUGUUCGAAAUUUCACCUUAACUAUUAUCAAGGUUGUUGUCAUUUCCAACUUAUCCAAGUUUUUCCUGCUCCCCAUAUUGGUUUGGCGCAAUAACACGACAGUGUUUGGACGUAGCAUACACUAUGCACUGGUCAUGAGCCAUCAUAUCUGUUCGCUGGUCCUUGCGUACGAGGCAGUCGGAUAUAUCAAGAGUCGGCUUCGAUGGCUGGCCAUUACAUUAGUAGUCCUUGCAUUUGUCCUAAAGGAAUACAUCAGACAUUAUGCCGCAUUCCAACUGGAGUUACAUUAACGUAAGAAUUAGCUAUAUAUUACGCUCUGUUAUUUAUUUGUAGUACAAAUUUUAACCAAAAACACUGUAUAACCUUCCCGAGGGGUUUUAACCUUUGUGCCUCAAGUAUUUUGUAUCAAGUUUUGGGGCGCAUACAUCCAUGUACGAUAAUAAAUAGCUAAGUAGGUUAUUCAUUUAUGAUUAUUCAUAAGUUAGUGUUUUCCAACCUUAAUAGUCCAUGUGUCGGAAGUUCCUCGACUCGAGUUGGAAUACUGUCCAUACAGUACAUCAUAGUAUAUGUUUCUCUGCAUGGAAUCAUAAUGGGAGAUAACAUUUAGUAAUCUUAGACACAAAGCUUCCUCUUCUGGGGAACUGAACAUCAAAUUGCUGUCUCUAGAGCACGUCCAUGCUCCCACAUGAUGCUAGGCUAACCCAUACUAAAAUAUUACCUUGUGGCCAGUCUUUUACGAAAAGACCUGAAACUGUAGGCGAAAAUCGAAUAGAAUUAGACGAAAACGUCUUUUUGGGGUAUGUUACCCUCUGAAUUGACAUACGACACAGUUGUCAGUUGGACGAAAAGAAAGCAAGGAGUAUAUCAUUAUAUUAUAAUUGCUGCAAGUAAAAUUCCACUGUUAA